UAUCUCUUUCUUGAAGAAACUCAGUCGUAGGUCGUUGCUCGAUUAUAGAGUCAUGGCUUCUCAAAGAUAUGUACCAUUGGCAGCGAUCCUAAUUACUAUUUGUUUAGAUGUACCCAUCGUUGUUGCCGCCACCAUCGCACGGGAAAUAUCUAGGUAUGACAGUUACGACCUGGAUAAGGGACCGGUAUUCUACGAGGCGUAUUAUCCAGACGCCCACGACGCUUAUCAGGAAAAACGCAAUUUGGAUCGAAAAGUGCUGGAAACGAGUUUUCAAGUGCCCUUCGAGCGUUUCGCGUAUUCGGCCGAAAUCGCGGAUCGUCCUUCAUCAAUAAUCUUUGAUAAAAAUCGUCAAGCUGCGAAUAUCGAGGAAAUUUCCAAGUUCAUUAGAAGAGCUAUAUCUCGGGAUCUAGAAAAUUGGAACAGUCUUGAAACAUAUCUGGAUCGCGUAUCUAUCGAUCAAAAUUGGCCGACACAGCAGAAAGUAUAUUCUAAAGAGAAUCGCGAAAAUAAAGGAGACAAUAGUUAUUCGUUUCAAGAUAAUCAACGAUCUCUCGAUCUAUCAAGCCAGUCAAAUCCCGAGAUAUUGCGAAAAUUGGAGGAACAUGAUACGAGACAGCGUCCUAAUUAUUUCGAGGAAAUCGAUGCGGAGGGAAAUGCAAUGAUGAAAAAAAUAAGCAACCCACAAGUUAUCGAUUCGCCAUCGAUCGACGUUGCUUCCGACUCGUUAUUUCCGGAGAACAUUUUUCAACCACGGCCCCAAAUAAUUAGAUAUACUUUUUUCAAGAAACCUACAUCGCGACUCGAUCAACAAGCUGAAAAAGUAAUAAAUAAUUCUACGCCGAGAAAUUAUGGCGAUAAUCUCAUUCGUCAAGAGAUCGCUGACAAAAACAGCCGAGUAGAAGAUAAUGUCAAAGUAGCGUCUAUCGAAGUAAGCGAAUUGCCGCGACAUAAAACACGUCAUCAUCACGGCGAAUGGCCUAAACGAGAUUAUUCCAUUCAUCAUCAAUCUGAGGAAAAAAAAAGUAAAGAUGCUUAAACGAAAAAUUUUUCGAAGAAAAAAAUAGAUUAACAAAAUUAUUUUCAAUGCGCGAUAAUAAUGCUAAUUGUGUGUGAUGGAUAUAUUUAUAUCGUU